AUGUCACAAAAUAAAUGUACUAAUAAAGCACGUGAACUUAUUGAACAGGCAAUGGCAAAGGCAACUCUUAAUAGAAACACACAAUUAGAACCAGAACAUUUUUUAAACGUACUACUUGAAGAUUCAAAUUCUAUUUUAAGAAAAGUUCUCCCCAAAGAAGAAACGAAUAUUUGGAUUGAUAAAAUUAUCAAUAAAAUUAAUACAUUUGGUAAGGCAGGUCAACCAGUAGAACCACAAUUUACUUACAAAAUAUCACAAAUUUUAAAAACUGAUGAUGAAUAUAUUUCUGUUGAUUCUAUUUUAAUUAAUAUUCUUGCAUUAGACAGCAUAAAGAGCUAUUUAAAAGAUGCAGAAGAAAUAAUAAAGAAAUUGAAAAGUUUUAGAGGCAAUAAGAAGAUGGAUAAUGUAGAUGCGGAUGAUACAGAAAAUGUAAUGUCAAAAUUUGCUGUAGACAUGGUUGCACAAGCACGCCAAAAUGUUUUUGAUCCUGUUAUUGGACGUGAACAAGAGAUUAGAGAAAUUAUUGAAAUUUUAUGUAAAAAAACAAAAAGUAAUGCAAUUAUGGUAGGAAAACCUGGUGUGGGUAAAACUGCUAUAGUAAAUGGAAUAGCACAGAGGAUAGCAAAUGGAGAUGCACCUGGAUUAAAAAAUGCUAAAAUUUAUAAUGUAGAUAUUGGAGGGAUGGUAGCAGGUGCCUGUCAUAGAGGAGAUUUUGAACAAAGAUUAAAGGAUUUAAUUAAAGAAGCCGAAACAACCCCUGGUGUAAUUUUAUUUAUAGAUGAAAUACAUAUUAUUUUAGGAGCAGGUAAAACAUCUGAUAGUGCUAUGGAUGCGGCUAACAUGCUUAAGCCAGGUUUAGCAAAUGGUUCUAUAAAAUGUAUUGGUGCUACGACAGAAGAUGAAUAUAGAAAAUAUGUAGAAUCAGAUCCUGCAUUUGAAAGAAGAUUUGUACAAGUUCCAAUAAGAGAACCUUCAGUUGAAGAUUCUAUUACAAUGUUAAGAGGUAUAAGAGAGAGAAUGGAAUUACAUCACGGUGUAAAAAUUAGUGAUAAUGCUUUAGUUUAUGCAGCCAAUGCUUCUAAACAGUAUAUUCCUAAUAGAAGAUUACCAGAUAUAGCAAUUGAUUUAAUUGAUAGUGCUUGUGCUAGUGCUGUUAUUUCUUUAGAAAGUCAACCGAAGGAAAUAUUAGAAGCAAAAAAUAAAUUAUGGUCUUUAGAAUUAGAAAAGACAAGUUUAGAAAUGGAUUUAAAAAAUACGCCUAAUUCUGAAAUAUUACUAAAGAAGUUGGAAGAGAUUCAAAAAAGGAUUGAAGUUAUUAAAGAAUCAAUGGUACCUUUAGAAGAAAAUUAUCAAAAUGAAAAGAAAGACAUUAUACAAGCAAAAGAAUUACGUAAAAAGUUGGAAGAUACAAGAAUUAAAUUACAACAAGCAGAAAGAGAUAGACAGUCAUACUUGGCUUAUGAUCUUAAAACAAAUGUUAUACCAAUUCUAGAAGAGGAAUUAACAAAAUUAACAGGAGUAGAAAUAAUUGAGACACAUCAUGUUGCAGAAAAAAUAAGUAAUUGGACAGGUAUUCCUGUUAAGAGAUUGACAAUGAAAGAAAAUGAAAGAUUAUUGGGAAUGUCUAAUAGGAUUAAACAGCGAAUUUUCGGGCAAGAUGAAGCAGUUGAUACUAUAACUGCUUCUAUAUUGCAAUCGCGUGUAGGUCUUGCACGAAAAGAUAAGCCUAUUGGUGCUUUUCUUCUUUUAGGACCAAGUGGUGUUGGAAAAACAGAAUUAGCAAAAGCCGUGGCUGCUGAGUUAUUCGAUGAUGAAAAGAAUAUGGUAGUUUUAGACAUGAGUGAUUAUGGAAAUGAAUUGUCUGUUACGAAAUUAAUUGGUGCAUCUGCGGGAUAUGUCGGUUAUAACGAAGGAGGAUUUCUUACAGAACCAAUUAGACGUAAACCUUACAAUGUAAUUCUUCUAGAUGAAGUUGACUUGGCUCAUCAAUCUGUACUUAAUGUUUUAUAUCAAUUACUCGAUGAAGGUCGUAUCACCGAUGGAAAGGGUGUUGUAGUUGAUUUUAGAAAUUGUGUAAUUAUUAUGACUUCUAAUCUUGGACAACAUGUAAUUAUGAAUUCUAAUGGAAUUGGAGAUAAUGAGAAAGUAGAGUUAGAACAAAUAGUACUUAAAAGAUUUGGUCCACCAUUUGUAAACAGGAUUGAUAAUGUGAUAUAUUUUAAUCAGUUAGAUUAUGCAUGCCUUGGUAGAAUUUUAGAUUAUCAAAUUAAUGAAUUGAAUAAAACACUAGAAGAAAAAAAUAUUAAAUUUGCUAUUAGUAAUGCUGUAGCUCAAGAAAUGGUUUUAAAAGCGCAUUCUUCUGUUUAUGGUGCGAGAUUAAUGAAAAGGCUUGUACAAACGCAUUUUACAAGUGCUCUGACACAAUUUUUAUUGAAGAGAACUGAUAAUGAAAAUUUGUAUAUUAAGUGUUUUGAAAAGAAUGAGAAUCAGCCAGGUGAGUUAGUGGGGGAUUAUGUUUACCAAUUUCAAAAAUUUAAUUAA